UUAUACUCUUUGCUAUAAUCUCUUCAUAUCACGUCCAUUGUAGAUGAUGAAAUAAUAAAUCUAGAAAAUACUAAUGGACUCAAAUAUAGUUUAGUGAAAAAGACUAACUUUUCAUUCGGUUCAUAUUAAUUUAGCAAUGUGGACUUGUCAUUUGUAACCAAACGAAUUUUUAAUAAUUAAAUUUGUGUUUACUCUUAUGACAUUAUUAAUUUUUAUUACUUGUAAGAAUACUAGUCAUAUGAAAAUAUUGUGAUAGUAAUGGCAUAUUGCCCAGUCCUGUUAGUUUUUAUUUUAGCAUUCGUUUGUGUAAGUACUGAAGAUGAACCUCUUCCCUCACAGAUGACAAGAACAGAAAGGAUUCAACUAAGGGAGGAGGCAAGGAGCAUGUUCUACCAUGCUUAUGAUGCCUACAUGGACAAUGCAUACCCAGCGGAUGAGUUGAUGCCGCUCAGCUGCAAGGGUCGAUGGCGAGGAGUUACACCCAGCCGGGGGGAUAUGGACGAUGUACUUGGAAAUUUCUCGCUGACAUUGGUGGACAGUUUGGAUACGUUGGUGGUGAUGGGCGAUUUCUCCGAGUUCAACCGCGCAGUGCGGCUCGUGCUGCGUGACGUCAGCUUCGAUCAUGACAUCAUUGUCUCCGUCUUCGAGACCAACAUACGGAUGCUCGGGGGCUUGUUGUCCGCUCACGUGCUAGCGACUGCGUUACGGAACGAAGUGCCCAUAUUGCGCUGGUACGACGGGCAGCUCCUGGCUUUGGCUGAAGACCUGGGCCGGAGGUUGUUACCCGCAUUUAACACUUCAACCGGCAUACCGCAUGGACGGGUGAACCUCCGUCAUGGUCUCCGGGGUCUCUCGGAGUCUAGGGAGACGUGUACGGCUUGCGCGGGCACCAUGAUCCUGGAGAUGGCGGCACUCUCCCGUCUCACCGGUGACCCAAUCUUCGAGCAGAAGGCGCACCGGGCCAUGGAUAGACUCUGGAUGAUCAGACACAGGACAUCAGACCUGAUGGGUACAGUGAUCAACAUCCACUCCGGAGACUGGGUACGCAAGGACUCUGGUGUAGGUGCCGGUAUUGACUCGUACUACGAGUACUGCCUCAAGGCGUACAUAUUGCUGGGUGAUGAGAAGUACCUGGCGCGCUUCACACGUCACUACAACGCUGUCAUGAAGUACAUCAGCAGACCUCCAGUGAUGCUCGCCGUGCAUAUGCACAGGCCCCACCUACAAUCGCGCAACUUCAUGGACGCGCUGCUGGCGUUCUGGCCGGGGCUGCAGGUGCUGCUGGGAGACGUGCGCCCCGCUGUAGAGACGCACGAGAUGCUCUACCAGGUCAUGCAGCGCCACACCUUCAUACCUGAAGCAUUCACAUCGGACCUGCAGGUGCAUUGGGGCCAACAUCCUUUGCGUCCGGAGUUUUUGGAGUCGACGUACUUCCUGCACCGUGCGACCGGGGACGAUCACUACCUCCACGUGGGCAAGAGCGUGCUGCGCGCGCUGCAGCAGCACACGCGCGUGCCUUGCGGGUAUGCGGCCGUCAACGACGUGCGCACGCGUGCCCAUGAGGACCGCAUGGACUCCUUCGUGCUCGCAGAGACCUUCAAGUACCUGUACAUGCUGUUCGGCGAAGAGCGCGACCUGCCGGUCCACCUCGAGGACUACGUGCUCACAACAGAGGCGCACUUCCUGCCUCUCUCCCUCGCCACAGACGGACUCAACUCCUCCCUCGCCCUCAACAUUGAUCAGCCACACGAGGACAAAUACACAAAGACGUGUCCGAGCACGUGGUCGCUGGAGGCGUCGAGCGUGCGUCGGCCGCUGCGCACUCUGCUGGGCGGUGCAGGCCGGCCCCCCGCGCGCCCUCGACCCCUCACCGACCCGCGCCAGCUGCUCGCCCUCGCCGACAUGGGCAUCUCCGUGCUUACACUGCCCGACGGCCGCGUACAGCUGCUCUACACCGUCGCCACGGCAAAAUCAUCAAAGGAAGCGUCGGAGGGUCUGACAUUCAUGCGCGAGAUGUCCAAGUGGAACACGCUUAGCGACACGGAGAACGGCGUGGUGGCGGCGGGCGUGGCGGUGGGCGAGCGCGUGCUGGCUGCUGGGCCUGCACACUUCGGCCGGCAGCUGACGGGCGGCGAGCGGGUGCACGGCGUGCCCGCACUCGCCCACCCGCCUGACGCAUGCUCGCCUCCAGACAACGCGGCCGCACUCGCUGGCAAGAUGGCCGUGGCGCACCGCGGACAGUGCACCUUCGCGCAGAAGGCGCGAAACCUGCAAGCCGCCGGCGCACGCCUCGCCAUCCUGCUCGACAACGUCGACGGUACCUCAUACGGCUCCACCGCACUCUUCGCCAUGUCCGGGGACGGCAUCGACGACAUACAAAUCCCGACCGUCUUCCUCUUCUCGCUGGAGGGAAAUUAUCUACUGGCGCAAAUGGAGUCUGAUCCCGAGAUGGUGGUGUCCGUGGGCGAGCUGGAGUCGCUGAAGCGCCUGGAGAGUUGUGCGGAGGGCGCGUGCGAGGCGCUGCUGCAGCCGCCCGGCGCGCCGGCGCACGCACACACCUUCGACCACCUCAAGAGCGUGCUGAGCCAAUUGGUGGCGCAGUUCGAGCUAUCGCUGGCGGGCGAGGAGGCAGCAGAGCCGUGCACUGACAGCGACUCCCCUGACUCCCCCGACCUCCACGUUACCAAAGACAAGUUCGUGAACGACGAGAGCCGCGUCGAAACACUGCACAAUAACUGCUCAGGCGAGGGUAGCUGCGCCGGCACGGCGGAGGGGAGCCAGGGGGAUGCGGGGACGCAGGCACAAGGCGGAGGAGAGGGUGACGGGUUUUGACAUCGGCGGUGGUCCGGGUGGGCGCGGCCGCGCGCCUGCGAGCCCGACCUCUGCGCCGUACUGUGGCUGCACACGAACACUUUGUCCAGUUUACGUGCCUUGUACGAAUGUUGCCCGCACUACCUGCACUAGACAUACAAUCAACAGUUAUUUUUCCAUUCGUAAUUGUUGACAAUUAUUAUAUAAAGUUUUAUCAUUUAGAAUAAAUUAGAGUAGAAAUUGCAAUCGGUUCAUAGUAUUGGUCAUGAUGUGUUGAUAAUUUACAAUAGUGUCAGUAUGUUACAGAUUGUAGUGCGGUGUGGCAUUUGUGAUAUAUGUGACAGGGGUAAGCAGAGAGAGGACGCUCGUGUACAUUGUCGAUCUCGGCUUUUCAUCCUAUUAUAUAAUAUUAGACGUUGAAACUAAAGACAAUAAUUAACAUAUCUACAAAUCCUAUACAUUUAACUUCGCCUAAACACAGACAUGAAUCACACAUUUCAUACAAUCAUAGCUCAUCUCUUCAUUAAAAGUUUUAAAAUUAAUUUACAUUGAUAUACAUUGAAGACAAUAAUUUGUUUGAUGACUAUAAUUUUUCACAAUAUUCAUGGAUACGUUGACUCUCUUAUAAUUAAAAACGAGACACAAGACAUAGAUAAUAUAAUAACGCGAGAUGAAAGUAAAGACAGGGAUAGUUUUCAUAAUGAUUUGUGUAAAUAAUAUUGGUAAGUUUUGACAAUUCAUCGACCAUCAGUAAUAAAUGCUUAUACCUUGGUUUCUAUCUGUCAUUCCAUGCACUGAUGAUAUAUAAAUCGACACAGAAUAUCACUGUAUGUAGAUAAUUUAUGUGUUUAUAAUAAUAUAUUGUGUUAUAUUUUGUAUUUUAUUAAUGUUUCAUAUAUUAUUUAUUGCUAAUAUUUUUUCAUUGUUAUUUUGAAUUUUUAUUUCACAUUUAAAAAUACUUACUAAUUUCUAUAUGUCUAUAAAUCAUAUAAAUCUGUGAUCCGAUUUGAGAGUUAUAUUUUAUGUAGAUUAUUAGAAUCCUACAAGUAAAAUUAAUUUUUUUGUUAAUAUUCUGCCAAAUAAAAACGGCCAUACAUGGUGCUGGAGUGUUAACUUGUUGACUAAUCCAAUACCACCCUAGAAGUUGAAAUUUUAGCUUAUAGUUUUUCUUUUUCUUCUGUACCCAAUCCUCUUGCUAUACAUUCAACCUACCAGUAGUCUAUAUGCCGAGGUGAAGUGUGAAAAUUAAUGUCUAAUAUAUAAAAUUUGCUACUAGAUAUAAAAAAGAUGAAGCUUUUUGUCAAUUACCAGCCCUCAGUUACUCGUGAUCAAAUCGAAGGAACAGAGCGUUUAAUUAAGACUACUGAAAUAGCUCUGAUAAUGUAUCCGUAAAACUAUAUAUUUAAAAAUUUAUUUGCCUCGGUGUUAUCAAAAUUUUUAAUGAGCCAAAAAUGUAUGAGCAAAUUGAUUUAAGUUUUUAUACCUCCAUUCUUUAUACAAUAAGAUUGGAAUAUAAAUAUAUAAGAUGUGUCUGAAAUUAAGAUAAUAUAUUUUAUUAUUUAAUAGUAUUGUUACGAUGAUGUGUUGUUACAUAUAAAUACGGCCAAGAAAUGUUGAUUUAAGUGAAAUGUAUGUGUAAUAUUAUAGCUAAUUAUUGUAAGCAUUCUAUUUUAAAUAAAUAUACUAAGUUGCAAGAA